UCUCAAUCAAACCAAAGAAACUCAAAACAAAAAAAUGUACAAUCCAGUCAUUUCACCUACUGAUUUCGCUCUUUUACAGUCAAUUUCCAAUCAUCUUCUCCAAGAUGAUUUUCCGGUCGAGGCCGACGACGGAGGUUCACCAACGUGCAGUGGCCAAAGUUUGAGUUUUGACUUGUUGACGGAGGACUGGAGUGAUAUUCUACUACAUAUAGAUAACCCUAGCCAAACGGCGUCCUCUUCGUCGUCUUCGUCGUAUGGAUAUCUAUCGGAUCAACUGAAUGAUCAAACUGAUGCCAUGUUUGAAUUUGAAUCUACUGAAACAAGUUCCAAUGCAAUUCAAACAGCGCCGCGAGAAAAGAAGCGGAGUUACAAAGGAGUGAGGAGGAGACCGUGGGGAAAGUACGCGGCGGAGAUUAGGGAUCCGAAGAAAAAUGGUGCAAGAAGAUGGCUAGGGACUUAUGAGACACCUGAGGAUGCGGCACUAGCUUAUGAUAGAGCUGCUUUUCAAAUGCGUGGGGCGAAAGCUAAGCUUAAUUUUCCGCAUUUGAUUGGCUCGUGUGAUUACGAGCCUGUUAGAGUUACCAAUAAGCGCCGCUCUCCGGAGCUGUCCUUCUCGUGCUCAUCGUCAUUUUCAUUAUCGGAAUCAGACGAUGAUUCUCCAAAAGCAAAGAGAAGAAUGAUGGGAAAUUAGUUUGGCGUCAUCUAAUAUAUAUUGUAUAUACAAUUUGACUCUUCUUCUACUUUUCCCUUGAACUAAUUCAAAAAGUUUAAGAGAAUAUAAGACUAUUUGAUCACAUUAAUUAAAAUUUUUGUUUUCUUUUA